CCAAAGAUUUGAUCAUCUGAUACUUGAAGUGACAGCUAACUCAAAAUAGAAACGCGCAAGAUUCUCGAGAUGUGAUCUAUUUAAACUAUAAAUAUUAUCUUAAACCUAUAUUUAAUAACUGCGUAACUUUUGCUGUUUUCGAAGGAAAAUUUCGUGUGCCUAACCUGUAAUCAUUCCGUUUUUUAGUAUUUUAAUAUUCAUACUGUUAUACAAAUGAAGUAUUGUAUGUUUAUAAUUCUUUGAAUGAGUUAAAGAAGAUUUUAAAAUGGAACAAGUUAAAGCUGCAGCAGCAGCAGCCGCAACUUCAGAAGGAGAGGCAGAUGGUGAAUUAUCACCUUUGCCAGUGCCUGGUGGGCAGUUACCACGUAGACGAGGAGGCAUUAGUGCUGAGCCAGUUACAGAGGAAGAUGCAACAAGCUAUGUUAAGAAGGUGGUGCCAAAAGAUUACAAAACAAUGGGAGCGCUAUCCCGAGCGAUAGCAUCUAAUGUGUUAUUUACACACUUGGAUGAAUCAGAACGUGCGGAUAUGUUCGAUGCCAUGUUUCCAGUGCAAUGUUUGCAAGGUGAAACUGUCAUACGACAAGGUGACGAAGGGGACAAUUUCUACAUAAUCGAUUCCGGUGAAGUUGAGGUGCUGGUGAACGGCGAGGUGGUGACCACGAUCGGCGAGGGCGGUAGCUUCGGCGAGCUGGCGCUGAUCUACGGCACGCCGCGCGCCGCCACCGUGCGCGCGCGCUCUCCGCUCAAGCUGUGGGGGCUGGACCGCGACUCCUACCGCCGCAUACUCAUGGGCUCCACUAUCAGGAAGCGUCGCAUGUACGACGAGUUCCUGUCGCGCGUCUCUAUACUGGAGAGUCUAGAGAAGUGGGAACGCCUCACAGUGGCCGACGCGCUGGAGCCGGUGUCGUUCAACGAAGGAGAGACCAUCGUGCGGCAGGGCGAGCCCGGCAACGACUUCUACAUUAUCGUUGAAGGCACGGCGGUGGUGCUGCAGCAGCGCGGCGCGGGCGGGGACGCGGUGGAGGUGGGGCGGCUCGGCCCGUCCGACUACUUCGGCGAGAUCGCGCUGCUGCUGGACCGCCCGCGCGCCGCCACAGUGCGCGCCGCCGGCCCGCUCAAGUGCGUCAAGCUCGACCGCGCGAGGUUUGAACGAGUGUUGGGUCUCUGUGCUGACAUCCUUAAACGAAAUAUUGCGCAGUAUAACAGUUUUGUUUCUCUUUCGGUUUAAAUUUACGUGAAUAAAAAUAAUGUAUAAAGGUAAAUUUAAAUUAUCCAACAGAAAUGAAUAAAAUUGUUAUAUUA